AUGCCAUCAAAAAAUGAAUCGGUUUUGAACCCAAAAACUACGAAAUAUGAGUUUUUAGGGCCAAUUGGUGCAUUUCUAAUGAUUACAGUACUUCCAAUUCUUACUUGCGUUUUGCAUUUAAGCUGUCAAUUCGAUGACAAUCCAUCUCGUCAUUGGGUUGAGGGAACUCAGCUUCGUGAUGGCUCAAAAUUAAAAUACAAAGUGAAUGGAUUUUAUAGCAUGAUAUUAACAUUAUUUAUAAUUAUUUCCAUCCUAAAUACUAAAGGACAUGAACCUCUUUUAUUCAUUGAUGAUCAUUUUAUCGGUUUAAUUACCUCUUCAAUUAUUGUGGCUUUCAUCCUUUCGUUAUACGUUUAUUUAGCUUCAUUUCAAGAAGGAAAAUUAUUAGCGCUUGGUGGAAAUUCUGGAAAUAUUAUUUAUGAUUUUAUGAUUGGUCGAGAAUUGAAUCCACGUAUUGGAUCAUUCGAUAUUAAGUGUUUUGUGGAACUUCGACCAGGUUUAAUUUGUUGGACUGUUGUAAAUAUAGCCAUGGCCAUUAAACAAUAUCAUGAACUUGGGUAUGUCACAAUUGGAAUGUUUUUAAUCUUAAUUUUUCAAGGGUGGUAUUGUAUUGAUGCUGUUUACAAUGAGCCUGCAGUUUUAACAACAAUGGAUAUCACUACAGAUGGCUUUGGUUGGAUGUUGUCAUUUGGAAAUUUUACAUGGGUUGGGUUUUUAUAUGCUCUUCAAGCAAGAUAUCUUGCUUUGCAUCCUGUUCAUUUAUCUCGGCUCCAAAUUACAUUUAUAAUUUGUCUGCAAGCCAUUGGAUAUGCGAUAUUUAGAGGUGCAAAUAAUGAAAAAAAUUAUUUUAGGAAUAAUCCUGAAGAUCCGAGAGUUAAGCAUUUAAAAUAUAUAACAACUGAGGCCGGUUCAAGAUUAAUUAUAUCUGGAUGGUGGGGAAGAGCAAGGCAUAUAAAUUAUCUUGGUGACUGGUUAAUUUCAUGGGCUUGGUGUUUGCUUUGUGGAUUUGAUGAUAUUAUACCAUACUUUUAUGUUGUAUAUUUUGCAGUAUUAUUAAUUCAUCGAGAAUUUAGGGAUGAAGAAAAAUGUAGGAAUAAAUAUAAAAAAGAUUGGGAUAGAUACUGUGAAAUUGUAAAGUGGAGAAUUAUUCCCG